AUAGGUUAGUCCAAUUCAUAAAUUUAAAAAUAAUUAAAAAUGUUAAGAAUAAUACGUAUCAGCAGUUUUGGUAAAUCAUAUAAUGGAAGCAUUCGAUUUUAUUCAUCAAUAGAAAAAAAUGAAGACAAAGCAAGUGCUCGAUUACAAGAAUUUAGAAAAAAACUCAAAGAAGAGUUACCAUUUGAAAAAUUAGAAGUAUAUGAUCAAGGGAAACAUCCGGAUCAAGAAAGAGAACCCUUACAAUCAUUUCCAAAUAAUAUUAAUCCAGUAACAGGAGAAAUUGAUGGGCCUAUAGGGCCUGAACCAACUCGAUAUGGAGAUUGGGAGAGAAAGGGUCGUGUAACAGACUUUUGAAUUAUUUAAUAAUAAAUAUAUAUCUGAAAUUACUAAAAAUAUUAUCAAAUUUUAUAUU